AUGCACAGGUUCAAGAAAGAAGUGAUUACCAUAGGAGCGUCGAAUAUAGUCAGUUCAUUGCACACGCUGGAAGCCGUAGUAAAGCCUAAGCUAUGUGUGUUUGUCACUCCGGGUAAUCCUGGAGUCAUUGACUUCUACCACAAGUACAUGCUGUCACUAUAUGAAAGUGCUAAUUGCAAGGUCGAGGUGUGUGGACUUAGUCUGGCGGGCCAUGCACCUGGCCUCGACAAUCAGGGCCGCCUGUUCACAUUACAACAGCAGAUAGAACACAAAGAGGACUAUCUGACCCAGAAAUUACAGGCCAAUCCCGAUUUAAAGGUGGUCCUAGUUGGGCACAGUGUAGGUGCAUAUAUCAUGCUGCACACAUUAGAGAAGUUGGCCCCCGAGCGGGUAGCUGGCUAUUGGGGACUAUACCCGACGAUACAACACAUCGGAGCAUCGCCAAACGGAGUCAGACUGACACCGCUGUUUGAAUGGUACAAUCUGAUUGGCUACACCGCCAGUUGGCUCCAAUAUCUGCCACUGAGAAUCAAGAAAACUAUAGUCAGGCCUUUUGUCAAGAGUGGAGAGGAGACCAACCUGGAUGUGGUAGCUAGUCUCAUCAACUACAGCACAGCCGCCAAUGCUAUCUCAAUGGCGAAGGAGGAGAUGGCAAACAUCCUGGAUAUCGAUGAGAGUAUCAUCCAUGACCAUGGAGACAAGAUGACGUUCUUCUUCGCAGAAGGAGAUGAAUGGGCUCCCGUGUCCCACUAUCACGACAUGACCGAAAGAUUCCCAAAGUCACAAAUCCUGCUGUGUGAGAACAAUACUCACCAUGGCUUUGUAGUAUUCGAUGAGGAAGCCGACUUGAUGGGCAAGCUGAGCUGCGCCUGGUUAGACCAUCUGCUUUAA